AAAAUCGCGUUCAGGGGGGUAAAAUCCGCGUUUUGGUAGCGGUUUCCCUGGUAAAAUUUGCAUUACAGGGUCUAAAUAUCACGUUAUUUGGGUCGCUUAAACCCGCGGAAAUUAAAAGCAACCCGCGCCAAAACUGUUGAAGUGGCGGAAAAACCGCGGACUUGGCAACACUGCGAGGGAAACCAUCAUCUGACAACAAGUUCAUAAGUGUUGAUUUUGUACAAUGGAUGAAACAUUCAUUCAAAGAAUUAAACAAAAUAAAGUCUUCCUCAUAGGCACUUUAAAUGUAGAUGCCGAGAUCAUCUUGCAGCAUGUGCAGGAGGCUGAACUUGUUACUCGGCGUGACUACAAUAACCUCCAGGAUAUUCAUCAAAAAGAGAAAAGAGUCAUCGAGCUACUUGACAAACUCAUGGGAAAGGGGAACGAAACGUGUCGCCAAUUCAUAGAGCUUUUAAGAAAGGAAAGUGUAUUAGAAAAUUUUCCAAUGUUAAGGAAUCAUGCCAUUCUUGAUUCUCCAUUCCAUCCUAUGCGUGAGGUCUCUCAGUAUAAAAUAGCACAAAUUCCACGUGGUGUCUGCGUAAUCAUCAAUAAUGUAAAUUUUAAGAACAUGAGUGAAAGAAGGGGAUCAGAUGAGGACCAAAAGUAUCUUACCAGAGUUUUCCGCUGGCUGGGGUUUGUGGUGGUGGAGCACAGAAAUAAAACUGCAGCUGAAAUGAAGAAUCUCCUCGAGGAGCUGGGGAAGACAGUAGAUGGAGACUGCUUUGUAUGCUGUGUCCUCUCCCAUGGCGUACAAGAAGGAGUCUGUGGAAGCGAUGAUGGUGUUGUUUCUGUUGAUGAAAUACGGGAGCCUUUCAAUGGCAUUACCUGCAAAAAUCUUGCCGGCAAGCCCAAACUGUUUUUUAUACAGGCAUGUCGUGGCAGAAAACAUCAAGAUCCUGUGGAAGUCCAAGCGGAUGCUCCAGAAGAUGGAGCGUCAGCGAUGGAGGUGGAUGGUGAUGAUUUUGAUAUCACAAUCCCGUCUGAGUCGGAUUUCCUCAUUGCCAGGUCAACCACUGAUGGUCACGUUUCUUUUAGAAAUCAAAAAGAGGGCUCCUGGUUUAUUCAGUCCCUUUGCCGAAACCUAGAGGAACUUUGUCCACUGGGUAAAGACAUCCUGGAAAUUCUGGUUUGUGUGAAUAAUGAUGUUAGCCAUCAGGGGAUACAGAGCAAACAAAUGCCUGUCCAUGAAGUCGCCAUGAGGAAGAAACUGAUCCUGCGGCCGGUGAACCACUGAAAGCUCCUACAUAUGUGAAGCCAUAGCUUGAUAUGUCAUUUUUUUAAUAGGAUCAUUUAAAGGGAAAUCUCAAACAAGUUUAAACAGCACAUUUACUUUGAGGAUGUUUUUAAAGGACGAUUUUUAAAAAAAAAUCAGGACCAAAAUUGUUUACUUCAGGGAUCCAUGAGCCAUUUGAGAUCAGUUUGAUUUUCCAAGUUUUAUAAGUAACUUUCAAUAAGCUGCGGUUAAUUAUUUAAUUUUUGCCAGAUAUGUUUUACACAUUUCUUUAUAUAAAAUAUUUAUAAUUUUUCUUUUCUGUACUUUCUAUAUUCGAUACAAUUACACUCUUCCAAUUAUUUCAUAAUAAAAUAACCUUUAAAUAUGGUGUAUUACUGCAUGUAAAAAUGGAAUGAUAUAUUACUCAGAGUCACCUGAAAGUCACAGAAACAUGCCAUCAGGUAGUAUGAAAGGAACAGUAUAGCAAAAUAUUAAUCAUAUGCUGCUGAUACUAUAUGAUAUGAAUGAUACUGCUUUCACCUGUUGCUCUCCCUGAGGAAAAUUGUAAGAGUGGCAUAGUCAUACGUUUUUUUGAUAGCAAAAUAUUUUGUUAUUUGUUAUAUUAUUUUGUUCAUGUUGUAAUCCAAAACCCUUUUGCUGCUAUUGAGGUUGGAUAUAAGGUUAAGGACAAGUUGUAAAAACAUGUAGCUAUGUACACAAGUUCUCACUUUGGUGCUUUUCCAUUCCAUGGUACGGCUCAGUACGGUUCCCUUAAAGGAUUAGAUCACUUUAAAAAUGAAAAUUACCCCAUGAUUUA